UUAGGUUCAUUACAUUAUCUGCAGUCAACAUCACAACGGACAAUGUUUAAGAUUAUCACGAUUAUUGCUUGCAGCUUAGUGCUGGCUUCGGCUUACGAAGAUUAUCACAGUUAUCCUAAGUACAAGUUCGAAUAUGGGGUCAAAGAUUACCAUACCCAUGAUCACAAGAGCCAGUGGGAACAUCGUGAUGGAGACCAUGUGAAGGGACAAUACACUCUGGAUGAGGCCGAUGGAACGCAUCGUAUUGUUGAUUAUACUUCUGAUCAUAAGGGCGGAUUCCAACCUCACGUCGAACGCAAGGGACAUGCUCAUCAUCCCCAUCACGGAGAAAGCUACGCUAACAUUCAUCAACACUACUGA